AUGGCUUCGACGACCAACUUCACAGCGGACAUUGUCCCGCAAGCUCCGGAGGAUCCGCUCUUCGGCCUCAUGAGGGCGUACAGGGCUGACGAGUCCACAGACAAGGUCGACUUGGGUAUCGGCGCCUACAGAGAUGAUAAUGCGAAGCCCUGGAUUCUUCCUGUUGUUCACAAGGCUGAUGAGAUCCUUCGCAAUGACCCCGACUUGAACCACGAAUAUGCCCCGAUCGCGGGUAUUGCCUCCUUUACCAGCAAGGCCGCGGAGCUGAUUCUUGGUGCCGACAACCCAGCCCUCAAGGAGAAGCGCGUGGCUUCGAUCCAGUCCGUCUCCGGUACCGGCGCUCUGCACCUUGGUGCUCUCUUCCUCUCCAAGUACUUCAACGGCAACAGGACCGUGUACCUGUCUAAUCCCACUUGGGCCAAUCACGGCCAGAUCUUUAAAAAUGUCGGCAUUCCCAAUGCGCAAUACCCCUACUUCUCCAAGGAGACCAAGGGUCUAGACUUUGCCGCAAUGAAGGGAGCCCUAGCCGCCGCCCCGGAGAGGUCGAUUAUUGUUCUCCACGUCUGCGCACACAACCCCACCGGUGUUGAUCCCACCCCCGAGCAAUGGAAGGAGCUUGCGGUAAUCAUCAGGGAGAAGAAUCAUUUCCCCUUCUUCGACUGCGCCUAUCAAGGCUUUGCCUCUGGUGAUUUGGCUCGCGAUGCCUGGGCCGUCCGAUACUUUGCCGAGCAAGGUUUUGAGCUCGCUCUUGCUCAGAGUUUUGCCAAGAACUUUGGUCUCUACGGCGAGCGAGCUGGAUGCUUCCACUUCGUGACGAGCCCUGCUAGCGAUGCCUCUGAUGCUAUUUCGAGGAUUGGCUCUCAGCUCACCCUCCUCCAGCGAGCCGAAAUCUCCAACCCCCCAAUCUAUGGUGCUCGUAUCGCCAGCAUCGUCCUUAACGACCCCGCUCUUUUCGCCGAGUGGGAGGACAACCUCCGCACCAUGUCCGGUCGCAUCAUCAGCAUGCGAAAGGCCCUGCGCGCGAAGCUCGAGGAGCUCGGCACGCCCGGUACCUGGAACCACAUCACGGAUCAGAUCGGCAUGUUCAGUUUCACAGGCCUUUCUCAGGCGCAGGCCCUCCAGAUCCGUGAGGAGUCUCACGUCUACAUGACCGGAAACGGCCGCAUUAGCAUGGCUGGCCUAAAUACCCGCAACAUCGACUACGUGGCCAAGGCCAUUGACAAGGUUGUGAGAGAUGCUGCUGCUAAGCUUUGA